AUGGGAGAUUCACAAGGGAAUGGUAAAAGAAAAGAUUACAAAACUUGGAAUGCUGAAGAGAGCAAUGUUUUGCUUCAACUUAUGGAUUGUGUCGGAGCUAUAGAUGGCACGCAUAUUCCUGCAACGGUAGUUGGACGUGAGGUAAGCAGAUAUCGAAAUCGCCAUGGGAAGAUAUCACAAAAUGUAUUAGCAGCUUGUAACUUUGAUUUACAGUUCAUAUAUGUGAUUAGUGGAUGGGAGGGUUCCGCUCAUGAUUCAAAAGUGUUGAAUGAUGCGAUUUCUAGACGAAAUGGACUCAAAGUGCCACCAGGUAAAUAUUACUUAGGGGACUGCGGAUUCCCAAAUCGACGUCGGUUCCUAGCUCCAUUUCGAGGUACUCGAUAUCACCUCAAAGAUUUUGGUGGUGAAGGAAAUCAUCCUGUCAAUGCAAUUGAGUUAUUCAAUCUUCGCCAUGCUUCCUUGAGGAACGUAAUUGAGAGAAUAUUUGGAAUAUUUAAGUCGCGUUUCACAAUCUUCAAAUCAGCACCACCAUUUUUAUAUAAGACACAAGCAGAACUAGUUUUGGCUUGUGCAGGACUGCACAAUUUUCUUCGACAGGAAUGUCGUUCAGAUGAAUUUCCUCCUGAACCAGAAGAAGAUCCGAUAGACAAUCACGAAGAUAAUUUUGAAUGGGAUGAUUUUCAAACCCAAGAUCAGCAAAGAGAGAAUGCUAAUGAAUGGAGAAUGAGUAUUGCUACUCAUAUGUGGACAGAUGCCCAACCAAAUGCCAACAAUGAAAACAAUGACAAUCAAGAAAGUGAAAAUGAGGGAGAAGAAUAAAUCAUAUCAUUAUUUCAAAGACGUCUGCUUAUUUGGCAUGAAACUUCAUCAAUGUGUUUUUUUUU